ACGGGAACAGAAUAUAUAAAUUGGCUUUUCAGAAUCCCCAAUACGAUCCCGAACGCUCUGUGGAGACUGGAGAAAGAUCAAGAGUUGAAGCACAACCAUCAAUAUCGGGUCUUGUGAACCAGCAAUUAUGGAUGCUGCUAAGCAAGAAUUUCUGAAGGAGUUUGGUGAACAUUACGGCUACCCAAACACUCCCAAAACCAUUGAUCAAAUUCGAGCUACUGAAUUCAACAGAUUACGAGAUCUUGUGUACUUGGAUCAUGCUGGUGCUACUUUAUACUCUGAGCUGCAAAUGGAAUCAAUUUUUGGUGAUCUCACGAGUAAAGUAUAUGGAAAUCCUCAUAGCCAAAGUGAUUCCAGCUCUGCGACUCUUGAGAUUGUGAAGGAUGCUCGCCAACAGGUCCUCGAUUAUUGCAAUGCAUCUCCAAAAGACUAUAAAUGUAUAUUUACCUUUGGGGCAACAGCAGCACUGAAGUUAGUUGGAGAGGCUUUUCCAUGGAGUUGUGACAGCACUUUUAUGUAUACGAUGGAGAAUCAUAAUAGUGUUCUUGGUAUAAGAGAAUACGCUCUUGGUCAAGGGGCUGCAUCCAUAGCUGUAGACAUUAAAGAAAAUGAAGCUCCUGGAGUAUCUGGAGAAAACAUUGCUAUGAAGAUAUCACCACACCAAGUACAAAGGAGAAAAGUAGCUGGGUUGCUGGAGGGAAAGCCAGAUGGUCAUGUGUAUAAUUUGUUUGCUUUUCCCUCUGAGUGCAACUUCUCAGGGUUGAGAUUUGACCUUGACUUGGUCAAGAUUAUCAAGGAGCACUCGAGCAGGGAUUUAGGGAUUUCUUCAGUUUGCAAAAAUGGACAAUGGAUGGUCUUGAUUGAUGCUGCAAAAGGAUGUGCCACCAUGCCACCUGAUUUAUCCAAAUAUCCUGCAGAUUUUGUCACAAUCUCAUUCUACAAGCUCUUUGGCUAUCCAACUGGGCUUGGAGCUCUUAUUGUUCGAAAUGACGCUGCCAAGUUGCUGAAGAAGACUUAUUUUAGUGGAGGAACUGUUGCUGCUUCAAUUGCUGAUAUUGAUUUCAUUAAAAGAAGGGAAGGUAUUGAGGAGUUGUUUGAGGAUGGUACAGUUUCAUUCCUGAGUAUAGCAUCUGUCCGCCAUGGCUUCAAAAUCCUGAGAUCUCUAACUGCAUCUGCAAUAUCACGACAUACAAAAUCUCUUGCCUUAUAUACAAGAAAAAUGCUUUUGGCUUUGAGACAUUGCAAUGGAUCUAAUGUGUGCAUAAUCUAUGGACAUCAAAGUUCAAUGGAACUGUGUUAUGAAAUGGGUCCUAUUGUUUCAUUCAACUUAAAAAGGGCAGAUGGUUCUUGGUAUGGAUACCGUGAAGUGGAAAAGCUGGCAUGACUCUUUUUUUUGUACUUUACAACAGGAUGCUUCUGUAAUCCAGGUGCAUGUGCAAAAUACCUUGGCUUGUCUCAUUUGGAUCUUUUAUCAAAUACGGAGGCUGGCCAUGUUUGCUGGGAUGAUCAUGAUGUAAUCAAUGGAAAACCUACUGGAGCCGUAAGAGUAUCCUUUGGCUACAUGUCAACUUAUGAGGAGGCUAAGAAAUUUAUUGAUUUUGUAGCAAGUUCCUUCGUGUCAUCUCAAAAUGACAUUUGUCAUGGGAAUCAAUUGGAAGGUCUGUCCCCGCUUCCAAGAUAAAUUCUAUCAUAUUUCCAACAUAUAUUUUUUACGGAUUUACUGUCACCUGCAGGCAUUGAGAAGGGUUCCCCGGAUACUGGUUAUCAUCUUAAAUCAAUUACAAUAUACCCCAUAAAAUCUUGUGGAGGGUUCUGUUCAAGAAGCUGGCCUCUUAGCAAAAAUGGACUAAAACAUGAUCGCGAAUGGAUUCUUAUGAGUCUAAAUGGUGAAAUUCUUACACAAAAAAAGGUUCCUGAAAUGUGCUUUAUAAGCACCUUUAUUGACCUCAGUCAGGGAAUACUAUUUGUAGAGUCUCCACAUUGCAAAGAAAGAUUGCAGAUCAAGCUUGAGUCAGGGGUGAAUCAUGGUGCUAUGGAAGAACUUGAACUAUAUGGUCAAAGGUACAAGGUAUAUAAUUACAGCAAAGAAACCAAUGUAUGGUUUAGCGAAGCCAUUGGUAAACCCUGCACUUUGUUUCGGUAUUCUAGUACCGAGCAUGAUUUUAUGUUGAACAAGACCAAAGGUGUAGCAACCUGUAGAGAUACUAAGAGCACGCUAAAUUUUCCCAAUGAAGCACAGUUCUUACUUGUAUCUGAGGAAAGUGUGUCUGACCUAAAUAGACGACUAUGUUCAGAUGUACAGAAGGACAUAUGUGUUACGGCAAUGCAAGUCGAUGCAAGUAGGUUUCGCCCAAACCUUGUCGUAUCCGGAGGCAGACCUUACGGUGAAGAUGGAUGGAGAACCAUUAGAAUUGGAAAUACGUAUUUCAGAUCGCUGGGGGGAUGCAAUCGAUGCCAGAUGAUCAACUUUUCACAAAAUGCUGGAAAAGUGCAAAAGUCAAAUGAACCAUUGGCAACUUUAGCAUCAUACAGGAGAGUAAAGGGAAAGAUUUUGUUUGGCAUACUACUCAAGUAUGAAUCUAGUGAUGAAGAGCAGCAGCAUGAUUAUUCCUGGCUUCAUAUUGGGCAGCAUGUUCAUCCAGAGUCUAUUUAAUUUAGCAAUUAGCGCAUAGGUGUAAUGACCUAAUUUUCAGUACAUCAUGACCUAUGCUAUUCGUUAGGCGCUACCAUUUAGUUGACUUAUGGGACUCUAGACUCUGUAUUACUUAUAUAGAUAUGAGUCAGUUGGUAAUAUCGUAAGUUAGUCCAGUUUCAUCAUUUUUGUAAUUGAGAUUUAAACAAAAAAAAAAUGAUACAUCCAUACAAAAGCAUAUAAAGAGAAAGUAGAUAUCAUAUAUGGGUGCCCGGCCCUCGAGGGCUCAGUUUUAUACAUCAACAAAAAAUCACAAGUCAUAGUGAGCACAUCUGACCCAAUUACAUACUGUUCAGGAGUUCAUAAUAUACUUAUAUACAUAUAUAUUACACGACACCUCAGGAUUUGGCCCACACAGGAGUCCCUAAUUUGAAAUGGAAGUCACGAUUUUCUGACGAGUUUUUCAGAGGAGGAGGAUCCGUCUGAGGAGAUACCAGCGUGGGAGGAUCAGAUGGCAGUAGAUUUAGCUUCUAGCUCAUCUGAAGAGUGUGGCUGGAGGAGGUGGAGAGCUGGGGCAGUUGCCCAACGGCCCUCUGUGAUAUAUCUGCAUGCAGGGAUUUCUUUUGAGGACACCUAGUGAUGAUCUUGCUAGUUAUUUUCCCCUCUCUUUUGAUAGUAUUUGCUGAGUGGUAGGACAUUUACUGUUUAUAAGCUAGCCUGGUUCCAGAUUAGGAACUCGUGCAUGAGCCAAGUCUUGUAGUGUCAUGUGUAAUAUAUGUAUAUAAUAUCUUCUGUAUUAACUUCCGAACAAUCUGUAAUUGGGUCAGAUGUAUUCACUAUGACUUGUGACUUUAUGUUGAUGUAUAAAAUUGAGCCCCCCGAGGCACUCAUAUAGUUUAUCUAUUUUCUCUCUCUGUUUUUUU